GUGUGUUGUCUUUUCCUCUCAUUCAGUGCGACGUUUUAUUAAAGUUGUAAGAUGGCGACGGUGCAUCUGAGGAUCGGGGAUCUAGUGUGGGGGAAGCUCGGUCGUUACCCACCAUGGCCAGGAAAGAUAGUGAGCCCCCCCAAGGACCUGAAAAAGCCCAGGGGCAAGAAAUGCCACUUUGUGAAGUUCUUUGGAACAGAGGACCAUGCCUGGAUCAAAGUAGAACAGCUGAAGCCGUACCAUGCCCACAAAGAAGAGAUGAUCAAGAUAAAUAAAGGAAAGCGCUUCCAGCAAGCUGUUGAUGCAGUGGAGGACUUCUUAAAGAAAGCAAAGGGGAAAGAACAGAACUCAGAUGGCAAAGGAGACUCAAAAGGAAAGAAGACGCCCAACAAGCCACUAAAGAUUCUGGAUGAGGAUGAUGAGGACCUCAGUGCCCUAAAGGACCCCUCUGAGAAGGACUUAGCUGACUCUGACCCCGAGCCAUCCACUAUUGAGAGGCUGGGGGCUGGACCGGGCUCGGGAUUCAAAUGGGAAAGCAGCCCUGUGAAGGAUGAUCCACAUUUUCACCACUUUCUGCUCAGCCAGUCUGAAAAGCCAGCUUCGUCAAUGGAGCCCAUUAGCAAACGCCUGAAGAUCAUUGAAGAGGUCACAGGGUCAACAUCUAUCCAAGCAGCAGACAGCACAGCGAUCAACGGCAGCAUCACACCCACAGAUAAACGAAUAGGCUUCCUGGGUCUGGGGCUGAUGGGUAGCGGCAUUGUUUCCAACCUGUUGAAAAUGGGUCAUAUCGUGACAGUGUGGAACCGCACUGCAGAAAAGUGUGACCUGUUCAUCCAGGAGGGGGCACGGUUAGGCCGCACUCCUGCAGAAGUGGCCUCCAUGUGUGACAUCACCUUCUCCUGUGUGUCUGACCCUAAGGCUGCCAGAGACUUGGUGUUGGGACCCAGUGGAGUGCUACAAGGAAUCAGACCGGGCAAAUGCUACGUAGAGAUGUCUACAGUCGAUCCAGAGACCAUCACAGAGCUCUCGCAGGUGAUCACGUCACGGGGCGGCCGCUUCCUGGAAGCUCCGGUGGCAGGAAGCCAGCAGCUGUCCAACGACGGGAUGCUGGUCAUCCUGGCAGCUGGCGACAGGACGGUCUAUGAGGACUGCAGCAGCUGCUUCCAGGCCAUGGGCAAGACCUCGUUUUUUCUGGGUGAGGCAGGGAAUGCUGCAAGGAUGAUGCUAAUCCUCAACAUGGUUCAAGGCAGCUUCAUGGCCACUAUUGCAGAGGGGCUAACAUUGGCACAGGCCACGGGCCAAUCACAGCAGACCUUCCUGGACAUCCUGUGCCAGGGUCAGAUGGCUAGCACCUUUGUGGACCAGAAAUGCCAGAAUAUUUUACAGGGCAACUUUAAACCAGACUACUAUUUGAAACACAUUCAGAAGGACCUAAGGCUAGCCAUCUCCAUGGGCGACAUGGCCAACCAUCCAACCCCGAUGGCUGCAGCUGCCAACGAGGUUUACAAGCGGGCCAAGGCACUGGACCAGUCGGACAAUGACAUUUCAGCAGUUUACAGAGCCUACAUCCACUAGAGCGAGGUGUGGCCUGGCCUGUGGACCACACAGUCUUUGAUCCCUCCUUUUCUCCCUUUGUCAUUAAAGGUUUUUGUUUUUAAUUUGAAA